CAGCCGGACCCAUUCCCUGCGUCUGCCAGUCCCGCCACGGAUUCAUCUGGGAUCCUCAGAGGAGCCCGGAGAGACGAGGGAUCAAGGCAGCCCAUUAGAGCCAAUUGCCCGCUUCGGGGACUGCCAGCCCUUCCAGGCCCGGUGACGGGGGAGGGAGGGGAAAGACGAACCAGCGCUGCUGCGGGAAGACACUGAGGCAAGAACGACUCGCCCCCCCACCCCCACCUUGCAGCACAGGCUUUGAAAGCUGCUCCCCCAUCUGAAUGGAAACUCGGAACCACCGGGCGGCGCGUUCCUUCUCACCCAGCCUUGCAAUCCAUGCCGAGGGGAAGGCGGUGCGAGCCCGCACCAGCGUCCAGCUCCUGGGACAGGGCCCGCAAGACUGCUGAGCAGAACUUGACCGAGCCCCUUCCUCGCUGCUAGUGGAAGCGAUGCUGCACGGCACAGCCAGCGCUUCCCCGGCUCUCCUUCAAGCUGAAGGUUACCCACCCGCGCAGCCAGCCCCAACCCUGUGAGCGCCGCGCCUCGGGUCGCGGCUCCUGCUGCUUGGCGGCGGCGCGCAGGGCAACGACCGGGCCGCCCGCGCCGGGGCGCACUGCACCAGCGGCUUCGGCUUGGUGGAUGUGUAUGCAUGAGUUCUGCACCGAAUGGGCGCAAAAAGCGCCCCAGCCGGUCCACCCGCUCUUCGAUCUUCCAGAUCAGCAAGCCCCCGCUGCAGAGCGGGGAUUGGGAGCGCAGGGGCAGCGGCUGCGAGAGCGCCCACAAAACCCAACGAGCCCUGGACGACUGCAAGAUGCUUGUCCAAGAGUUCAACACGCAAGUGGCCCUGUACCGAGAGUUGGUCAUUUCUAUUGGGGACGUCUCGGUCAGCUGCCCCUCACUCCGGGUGGAAAUGCACAAGACAAGAACCAAAGGCUGUGAAAUGGCCCGACAGGCACACCAAAAACUUGCUGCCAUCUCGGGGUAG